AAGUAGCCAGGUACAGUAAUCCUAAGCGUUAAACGCACCUUGUUGAAGAGCAACAGAAAAGCACUCCAGAAUGGUUUUUGGAGGAGCCCUCGACGCCAGAACGCAGCUGGAUUCACAGUGAAGCCAGGGUUGGCAGCAUUAAAUGCAGAUAGCAAGCGCUGUCCCAGGUAUGUACAUGUGUGAAAUCUUUUGCUUUAAAUUGUCUAGGUAGGACCGCAGAGACAGUCUGCACUGAGUCGUAUCUCCAAAGCAGUUAAUCCUAAUGAGAGCUUAUAGCAUCUUCUCUGAGUGCCGUAUGAACUCCUCCGUCAGAAACGUAUCCCCAUUUUACAGAUGGGGAAAACUGAGGCACCCUCCGGUUAAGUGUCUUGCCCAAGGGUUGUGCUGUUUGCCAGAAGCAGAGCAGGGAAAUUACCUGGAGAGCCUGAUUCCAGGUCCAGGCCUGCGGCCGCUAGAAAAUGCCUUCCCUUGACUGAGGAGCUCUUUCUACAAAACUGUCGUGCCCCGCUGCCAUACUAGAUCAGCCCGUACAAGCAGCUUUCCAAGGGGCCUCUGGGAUUUCAGCGGGGCUGAGGGCAUGGCUGCCUUCACGCAUGCUGGUGAUGGGUGGGUUGUAGGUAGGUCCUUCUGUAAAAAUAUGGUUCAGGUGGUCGAAACGGCUCUCAGGGAUGUGGUUGUUAAACGAGGAUACGGUAGGUUGUUGCUGCCAUCUCGUGGCAGUAAGAGCCCGCCGGGUGCUCAGUCGAGCUGGAGGAGGCCACCCAGGCUGUCCUUUGCUCCUAGCCUUUAAUGAUGGGAAUCCCUUGGCCUCCCUAGGCCAUUUGUUCUGUUGCUUCACGAGCCUCGCUGCUAGAAGGGGUUUCCUAAUGUCUCGGCUACGUCUCCCUUGCUGUAGUUUAAGCUCCGUACUUCCCAUCCUAUCCCCAGUGGACAUGGAGAAGAGCUUGCCUUCCUCUCUACAGCAACCUUGCACUUGUCUAAAGACUUUACCAUGGCUUCUCUGACUCUUGCCUUGAAACUCGACAAGCCUCGUUCUUUCAGCCAUCCCUCAUGGGUUGUGUUUUCUAGAGUGCUGAUGGUUUUUGUUGGUUUUCUCAUGCGUUUCAUUCAUUUGCACGUCACUGAACCUCAUUUCGUUCAAAUGCCCGGUGGUUCAUUCAUGCAUUUGCACCUUUUCGAUGCUAACUCUAUCCUCCCAAGUGCUUGCAACCCUCUCCCAGCCUGGUGUGGUCUGCAGAUCGAAUGAGUGUUUCAUCAUCCCAGUUAGUGAAGACACUGGAUGGUGUCAGACCGAGGGAGACUUCUGAUGAAGCCCGCUCGAUGCAUCUUUCCAGAUUGAGUCCGGGUCAUUGUUCGUCCUCAUUUUAAUGGUAGGCACAAUCUUUGCCCAUUUUCAGUCUUCUCGAGCCUCACCUGCCCUCCCUGAGCUCUCGGAGAUAAUUGCUAAUGCCUCUGAGAUGGCUUAAGUCGGUUCCCGAGCUGCUCUGUGGUGAAUGCCACCAGCCCAGACAGAAGCAUCUGAUUUAUUUAAGCAGUCUCUAAUUAGUUCUUCCCUACUCUAAUCUGAGUUCUUGCCAAGCCUUCUUGUUAUUGAUGCUAAUUGUGUCAGCCAUCUGGUCCCGGUAAGUCUUUUUACUGGAGACUGAAGCAAAGAAAGCCUUCAACACCGGGCUUCUCUGCAUCAUCUUUUGUUAGCUUUCCCUCUCUGGUGAGUGGCAGACCACUUCUCUCCUUGCUCUUGGCCAGACAGACUUGCUCAAUGUGUUGACUUCCAAGCUACCCCCGGAGAGCUACCUGUGCAGGAUCCAGGAUUAGGAAAAAGGUUAUUUGCUUCACAAACUCUUAGCUUUAAAGUUUAAACUGGUUGAGCCCAGGCCUCUCACUAGGAAAUAACCCUCUGUUUUCAUCUAACCUUUGCAAGUAACUUCAGUAGGGGAAGAGAAGAUUUGAGGCAGGGAUUUGAUUGCAAUCUUCAAAUACCUGAAGGGUGGUUAUAAAGGGGCUGGAGAUGGACUGUCCUCUGUGGUCAUAGGGGAUAGCUAGGAGCAAUGGCCUCAAGCUGCAGCAGGGGAAAUUGAAGCUGGAGAUGAGGAGGAUCUUUCUGACUUGAAGGUGGUCAAACACUGCAACAGGCUACCUAGGGGACUUGGGGGAUCUCCAUCCCUGGACGUUUUCAAGCACGGGUUAAACAGACGCUUGGCUGGCAUGGUUUAGUCAGGAACAAUCCUGUCUUGAGCUGGGUUAGAUGUGACCUCACGAGCUCCUUCCUAUGAGCUUAUGAUCCCGAGACCUUUGCCAAACGCAGAGACAUUUUUAUUAAAGAUCAAAAAAUGACCAUCUUAAACGUGAUGUGCAGAAUUACUUUUAUUCUUUCCAUGUGCCAGCCAAUUAUAGAGGCUUUUUAAAUAUAAAUAAAUGGAGAGGCUUGUCUCUGGCUUAGUCAGCUGCUCUUGUCUCAUUUUAAGUAUGCAAGUGUUGAAGAUUACAAAAGGAAAUGCCUUGCAGUAAGUGCUGCCAUCCUAUGAAGUCCCCAUAUCAUCCUUUCCAUGUGGUGCAUGUGCAACCCCCUGACAACACUUUCCAGAUGUGGGGGACUAAGGCAUAAACCAUAGGACCACAGGAAAGCACAGCUGGAAGGGCUGAAAUGAGUCUGAGAGCUGGGGAAUGAUUGGGAAGGAACCGGUGCCUUUGCCCGAGGGGUUUGACUGGUCCAGAGGUAGCUCCUUUCACUGCUUGCUCUCGAGCAUCCAGAUCCUCGCGCUCGGGGUCCUGUGUUUGUUACAGGAAUUGCUGCUGGCCCCGAGUGUGAUCCCUCCGGAGAGAUUCACUGGUUUCACGAUGCACCAUUGUCUUAGUCUGGCUUUCACGUGGCUUCGUUCCAUCCUGGUGCGACAGGCAAUCCUCCAGCCCCGUGGACACGCGGGUUCUUGGGGCGUUCAUCCUCUUGCUGCUGGUGCGACCGGGGAAAGUUGAAAUGGAAGAGAGAUGUGUGUUAUGCCAACGCCUGGCUGGACUUGCAGCCCCCUGCACCGUUGAGCUGUAGCAUCAGCUGCAGUAGGCCUAAGUCUGUGGUAAUGCAGAAGGUGGGAGGUAUCUGCAAGGAAAAGCACCGCUACUUGGAAAAUGCAAAGGGAAAGCAAUUAGGCCCUUGUUGCACACCCAGCCCCUUUCCUGAUUCACAUUUGGUGCUGUUUGGAUGUCCUGGAGAAUUUGCCCACUGACCUGCCUCAGGGGAGCACCUAGAUCGCUGGAAUCAGUGUCUUGGGAGCGGGAUCUGGCCAUGUUUGAGUGUGCAUAGAAAUGCCUGGCUUAUAGGCACGAGACAGGGUUGGCUCUCAGUCCCUCCUUUGAAACGUUGGUCUUUCAAGCAAAGUCCUACCAGCAUUUUCCAGGAAAAACCCUUGAGCAGAAAACUGUAAAGAGCUUCUGGUGAGAGAGAAACAGGGAAGUUGGUGGGGUAUUAUGCUCAUAGGCAUCAAGUGCUCAGGUACCUGGUUAUGGGAGAGGUAUAACUCUGCUCAGCUCAAGUGGCUAAUAUCCUUUCUGUGAUGAUGACAUGCUAAUGGCCAAGGACACUCGCGUUCAGGCAUGUAAUUUGGUAAUUGAAGUGGAGUACGUCUCGGGGGGGACUGCCGAGAAAACUUGGAGCAUCGUCAUAAACGUCAGCAAGUUUGAAAAACCUCCAAGCUUGACCCGAGAUCAGAGGCUUUUUCCCAUUGCAAGGCUUGCCAUGGCACGCAUUCCUGCUCAGUGACACACCAGUCUCCAGGGGCUGCGCCAGACUGGGAAUCUGAGAGCUCGGCUUUCCCUUGCAAGAAAGCAGGGGUCUGUGCGAUGCCAGAGAGAAGAUUCCUGCCAUACUUUCCCCCAUUCCCUCUCUCUCCUCACAGUGGACUUUUUCUGCAGUGGAAGGAAAUAUCCAAUGAUUUUUCUCCUUUUUAAAAAAAGAAAAGGUUUUAUAAAUAGCUGAAAAUGUUUUCUUACCCAAGCCAAAGCUCUGCUGGGCAUGUGAUGCAAAAUGCAGAGAGGCAGAUGCAGGAGCUUAAACAACAAAGCCUUGCACUCCACGGUGCUCCUUGGCAUUUUACUAGCUCAUAAUUAUACCUCUUUUUUUUUUUUUUUUAGAAAGGCCCAAUUGUUUUUGAAGUGGCUUUGAACUCUGGGACUAAGUGGUGCUUUGACAAUGGCAGCUGAUAGCAUCUCGGCCACCAGCCCAUGUUGGGGCUGAUUGCGAUGUCCAGGCGCAUGGGGCAUGUCGCCUGCAUUGUGCAAGCCGGGCUGCUGUGCGCGCCCCUUGGCUGGGGGAGGGCACAGCAGAAACCAAGCCCCCUUUUCUCCGUUGAGAACUACCCGCUGUGAUCUCAGACCACCUUUUAUUUUUUGGAAGCAGCAGGGGCUCAAAACGUCUCUAAUAUAAUGUAGGUGCACGGAGGGAACUCUCCCCCAUGCAUGUAUCACCUGCACAGAGCACAGUUUUGUGCAGGUUUUUCCAGUUUGUCCAGUAAAGAUGCAAUCUGUCCCUCCCCAAAAACCUUGGCUGGAUUCCAGUCCUUCGACAGCAAACGGCUCCAUUGGUGGAGGCAUUUUUAAUGAGCAAGGUGAGUGGUGCCGAGUCAGCGAGGAGCAGUGGAAAAGGGAGGGUGUAGAUGGCAUCGUGACCUGCCACCAGAUCAGAGCCUGGGGGUGACGCCACGCAUGAUCCUGCCCUGAUGGAUACCCCCACGCUCCCUCCUUCCUUGUGCCUUGGCCGUACUCUUCUAUUGCCUGCUGUGCCAAUAAGGUUUCAGUGCACCAAAUUUUCCAAAUAGCACUUUGCACUACCCUGAGUUUUGGGGCAUUAACUGCGUUUGGGCCAGGCUUGGAUAACGGAUCUGCUGGUUGCACGCUCUGUUCAUUAACCACGCACCCUCGUCUUGCAAUGACUUUAUAUCCUCUCCUCUGUGCAAAGGCCAGAAACUGUCUACCCCUUGAGCAGAGACUCCUAGCAUCUCGAGACUGGUCACUAGUACUGCAUUGCAGUUACACUAAUUAUACAAAAGCCAUGGUUUUAAAUGGAUGUGGCUGGAACAGUGAGAGUCUGUGGACAUUCUUAAUUCGGUUUAAACCUGGUUUGCAGACCCACCCAGUAUAGCUGGUUUUAAACCAGAGAGAGCAGGUUGCAUGGAUAUUACUCAGUCUUUUCUUGGAUCAAGACUGGGCCAGCUUCUGUUUCAAGACGUGAGUGCUCGGUUUUGUUUUCUAAGUAAGUGUGGAACAAAAGGUGAGCAAAUGGCCCCCGAGGUUUGUCUGUGUCUGCUUUUCUUCCCAUCGAGACAAAUAGCAACUGCUCAUCUGUACAAACAUUAUAGCUCUCCCCUUCAACAGCUAGUAUAAAAGACAGCUCUGCUGAGGUCAGCGGGGCAAUGCCGAUAUCUGCUUUCUGAGGACUGGGCUGAAUGUGUGCUAACGAGGGAAGUGUUUGUUCUAGCUGCUCUAUGUUAAAGACGAAGAUGGAAAAAGGAAGGAAAUGCUGAAUAAUGUAGAGAUUUCAUCUACCCAUCUGUAAAGUAAAGAUUUAUGUUUUCACCUCCUCCUGAGAUCAUCUCCAGGGCGUGUGAUACCACCAUACAACAGCAGAUCACAGAAAAUGAGGGUGGAAGGGAGCUCAGGGGGUCACAUCUAGUCCAACCCCCUGCUCCAAGCAGGACCAGCCCCAACUCCAUCAUCCCAGCCAAGACUUUGUCUACUUGGGUCUUCAAAACCUGCAAGGAUGGAGACGCCACCACCGCUCUGGGUGACCUGUUCCAGCGCGUGACUACCUGCUGAUGAGAGUUCGUUCUACCAUCCAACCUCAACUUUCCUUGCAACUCGACCCCGGGGCUCCUUAAAGAUGCGUGUUUAGAGCUGUGCACGAGUCUCUCCCUUUCUGCACAGAGGUCGUCGAGGUAUCGUUAGCUCUCACCGGUGUCUGUCUUGAACUGUCCCAUUGUUCAGGGAGUGCGUUGAACUGUGGAGCUGAACAGAGCUCAGACAAUGGCUGCUGAUAACAUCAUGGCUCCCAGUAACUUUGCAUCUUGGGUGCAUGGGGCGUAUCGCCUAUAUCCUGACACUUGCUGCUGGGUUUGACAUGGGCUUUCAGGGGACUUCGCUGGGGACAUGGAGCCAUGCGUGUGCUGAGAGCAUGGCGAGGGGUACAGUGUCCAUGCAGAGAAGUCCUGUGGUUCAAACCCCAUUAAAUGCCUCGGAGGGACCAGUCCUGCUUUUCCUGUGGACAGUAGGAGUUUUGUUCAUAGUUUCAUAGUAGCUCGGGUCAGGAGGGACCUGGACAGAUCAUUUCGCCUGACCCCCUGCCACAGGCAGGAAUGAACCCUGGGUCACAAGACCCCAGACAGGUGAUCGUCCAACCUCCUCUUGAAUUUGCCCAAGGUAGGGGCGAGGACCACUUCCCUGGGAAGCUGGUUCCAGAUUUUGGCCACCCUAACUGUAAAAUAUUGCCUUCUGAUCUCCAACCUAAACCUAUUCUCCAUCAGCUCAUGACCAUUGCUCCUCGUCACCCCAGGUGGUGCUGGGGAGAAAAGGGCUUUACCUAUUUGCUGUUGAUCCCCGCUGAUGAGCUCGUAGGCAGCCACCAGGUCCCCUUCAGCCUCCUCUUGCUGAGACUGAACAGGUUCAGGUCCCUCCGUCUCUCCUCGUAGGGCCUGUCCUGCUGCCCUCUCACCCAGCGGACGGCCUCCUCUGAACCCUCUCCAGACUGGCCACAUCCCUCCUGAAGUGCGGCGCCCAGUGCUGGACACAGCACUCCAACCGCAGCCUGACCGAAGGCGCAUAGAGGGGGAGGAUCACCUCUCUGGACCAGCUUGAGAUGCACCUUUGGAUGCAUGACAAGGUCUGGCUGGCCUUGCUGGCUGCAGUCUGGCAUUGGCGGCUCAUGUUCAUCUUGGAGUCAGUAAUGACUCCAAGAUCCCUUUCUGUCUCUGUGCUUUCAAGAGGGGAACUCCCCAGCCUGUAUGUGUGCUGUGGAUUCCUUCUCCCCAGGUGCAGCACCCUUCAUUUGUCUACGUUGAACCCCAUCCUAUUCUCGUCUGCCCACUUUUGUAGUCUGUCUAAAUCUAGUUGCAGCCUCUCUCUCCCUUCAAGUGUGUCCACCUCACCCCACAUCUUAGUGUCAUCAGCAAACUUGGACAGCGUGCUUCCCACCCCCUUGCCCAAGUCACCGAUGAAGAUGUUAAACAGCGCGGGCCUGAGGACCAAGCCCUGGGGGACCCCACUGCUCACAUCUCACCAGGGUGAGUACAACCCGUCUACCACUGCUCUCGGUGCACCCCAUCAGCCAACUUUUUACCCAUCCAACUGUGUAGGCAUCAAUGCCGCAGUCACUUACUUUAUUGAUGAGGAUGGGGUGAGAGAUGGUGUCAAAGGCCUUCUUAAAGUCUAGAAAGACCAAGUCCACAGCGAUCCCAUCAUCCAAGGAUUUAGUUACUUGGGCAUAAAGGCAACCAGGUUGGUCAGGCAGGACCUGCCUUUGGUGAACCCAUGCUGGUUGCCCCUGAGCAUGAUCUCCCCUGCCGGCCCCCACAGAUGUGCUCCUUGAUGAUCCUCUCCAAGAGCUUCCCAAGCACCGAGGUGAGGCUUACAGGCCUGUAGUUACUUGGGUCCUCCUUCCUCCCCUUCUUAAAAAUAGGAACCACAUUAGCCAGUUUCCAACCCCCCGGCACCUGGCCAGAUGACCACGAGUGCUCAUACAGCCGGGCCAAAGGCUCCGCGACGACCCCUGCCAGCUCCCUCAACACCCUUGGGUGGAGGGCAUCUGGACCUGCAGAUUUAAAAAUGUCCAGCCCUUCCAGAAGAUCCCUAACUACAUCUGCACUGACUGAAGGCCUGACAGAGCUAUCCCCAAGACUGUCCCUACCUCUGGUAGGUGGGAUUUCCCGGUCCCUGUUCAGGAAAACAGAGGCAAAGAAACUGUUAAAAAUAUCAGCUUUCUUGUCUGGUGUGGCCACAAGAUUACUGUUUGCAUCUUGCAGGGGCCCUGCAUUACCUGGUGCCCUCUUCUUGCUCCCAAUGUACUUGAAAAAGGACUUUUUGUUGUCCUUAAUCCUGGACGCUAGCCUGAGCUCCAUCUCUGCCUUGGCCUUCCUAGUAGCCCCCCUACACUCCCGGGCUGAGGAGGAGUACUCCUCCUUGGUGAUUCCCCCCUUCCACCGGUUGUACACCCCCCUUUUAGUCCUCAGGCAUUGCUGAGUGCCCUUGCUGAGCCAAGGGGGUCUCUGAGCACUCUUGCCCACCUUGCUUCUCUCCGGGACUGUUAUCCUUUGGGCCUGGAGGAUCACCCACUUAAGGUACGACCAUUUCUCAUGGACUCCCAUCUCCUCUACCUUCUGGGCCCUCAGCGCCUCCCCCACUAGUCUCCGAAGCUCAUUGAAGUUGGCCCUUCUGAAGUCAAGGGCUUUAGCCUUGGCGUAAGCCCUAGAUGCCCUGCGUUGGAUAGUGAAAUCCAGCAGGUGAGGAUCGCUAUUGCCCAGGGGGUCAAGGACCUGCAGUCCCCUCACCAGGUCAUCCCCCGUGGCCAGGACCAGGACCAGCAAGGCGUUACCCUAGUAGUGCUGUGCACUUCCUGGAUAAGGUGAAGGUCCUGUAAUGCAGCCAGGGACCUGCGCGAGCGGUCAGACCGGGCUGUCUGCUCCUCCUGGCAAAUGUCUGGGUAGGUUAGGUCACCCAUGACAAUGACAUCCGUUGACCUAACCGCCUCCAUAAGCUGACCGGAGAAGUCCUGGUCCAGCUCUUCCCCCUGGUUGGGUGGUCUGUAGUAGACACCCACCGUACGGUCCCUUUCGCCAUGCCCCCCCCGUAGUUUGACCCACAGUGUCUCUGCCCGACCCUCCUCUACCCCGAAGCUAAUCCUUGAUGAUGUGAGGUGCUCUUUGCCACAGAGCGCAACCCCCCCACCUUUCCUCUCUGUCCUGUCUUUUCUACAUCGGGUGUACCCCGAAUUCCCGCCGCCCAGUCGUGGGUAGGGUCCCACCAGGUUUCUGUGAGCCCUACUACAUCUGGGUUCUUGCUUGCAAUCAGGAGGCACAGGUGCUCCUGCUUACACCCCAUACUACGGGCAUUGGUGUAGAGGCACCUGAGGCCUCCUGAGGGUGCCUGUGCCUUCCUCCCUCUCCCAGGACAGUUGUGGCCCCCUGCUCCCCGGACGUUGAUGCUCACCUGGGCUUCCCUUCCUCGUCACCCUGCGUGCUGGUGAAGCAUCCUCUCCACUCGAAGCAGCCCCUUCCCCCGGCGAAGCUAGUUUAAAGCCUGCCGUACGAGAUCAGCCAACCCAGAGGAAAAGAUACGUCUGCCCUUAGGGGAGAGGUGAAGCCUGUCCCCCCCCAGCAUGCCCUUCUUACAAAAACGUGGGUUGUUGUCAAAAACCCCAAAGCCUGCCUCAUGGCCAAGGGCCGGUUUGUCCACCCUUUCACUGAGCAGUACCUAAAUACCUAAACAGUCCAUAAAUAGUCCCAUUGAGUGCAUUUACACGUGCACUUCAAUGCACAUUAGCCUUUUUUAAUGUGCAUUAAAGCGUCACAAAAAAUUGUGCUCUUUAGCAAAUGUGCAUUAAGAUAGGCUAACGAGCAUUUUUCUAGUACCCCACAGUGGAGAGUCUAGAUUUAAUGCACAUGACCUAAAGCGCAUUCAUUGCAUAUGUAGAUAUGCCCUUUGAUUUCUGCUGGGGCCUUUUUUAUUUGCUAACGGCCAUGAUGCUCAUUAACACAGUGUAUUUAUUUCAGCGGGCAAAAGCUCAGAACUUGAGUGCUCCUGAGUCACCUCCUACCUGCCUUUUGGCGUGAAGGAUAUUUAAGCCAUCCAGGUUCUUGCUCAAGUUGACCAACGUGAUGAAUGCUGCUGUUUCUUUUUUGGCUCCUCUGUGUUGUCGUUGUCUUCAUCAGCAUCGAAACGGCAGGUUCGUUUGUCACCGGUGCAGGAAGAGCGCAGCAGAGGAGUUUGAACUUGGGUAAAGGGAGUGGGGACGCUAAUUGGAAAACAGUGUCCUUUGAAACAAAUAGUUGAUUGACCCUUUCUUUUUAACCCCACGGGCAGGUGGGAAGAGUAUCAUAUUGGUGCUGACUCCUCUUGUAGGGUGCAGCUUCUUCUCCAUUGCAAGCAAACUUGCACGGAAAGUAGGGCCUAUAGACUAGGACAUUGCAGGAGUGAUUAAAGUCACUUUUUUCCCCCUCCAAAGUGAGGCAGAUUUGCUAAAAAUAGAGCAUAUGAGCAGAGUAGCAGGUCCGGUGAGCCCCCCCUGCAAAAGGGUUCGUAACCAGGACCAAGUCUGAACAAUGGCAGUGCCCCUCUCCGAAUGGCGCCUCUGUCUGCUGGCAUCCCCUGGGUGACUGUUUGAUUUGGGAGGUUAGUAUGACCCGCUGAGACCGAGCAUUAAGGAAUUAUCAUCGGUUUGGUCACUGAUUGUGGGUCUGGUGUACAAGCGCGUCUAUUUAAAUGGGCUUGCUGACGGCUGCUGGGUGCCUGCUUGCCAGCAGGAAGGAGGAGGCUUUGGGGCUGACUCGCCCGCUCCCAGGCUGCUGUUGGUAACAAAUACCGGGUGCUGGUUUCUUUGGGGGGCAGCACGUGGCGGGCUGCUCCAGCCCGAUUUUGGGCUGAGGCAGGGCUGUGCUGGUGUAACAGGGGACCGAAGUGCAAUGAGGAAGGUGAUGCUGGCUGUGGCAGGGCAGGGAGGGUGAAGACAUUUUCCUGCCUUGUGUUUUGCUUUCAGUAAGAUUUUCAAGGUGCACUUCUGGCUUUUCAUGCCCGCUCGUGGAGCCCGCUUGAGUGCCUGGCUCCGGCCACUUGACGUCUCAGUUGUGGCUGCAUUUUUCUAGCCGUAUGGGAGAGCAUUAGAGCAGUUUCCCUGUAUUUUUUUUCCUAGCCUGUUUGUUAUCUUUGCUUGCGAGUGCUUUGUACCAAGAAAGGUCCUUUUGAUUCUUUGGGCAUAAAGGACACGGGAAAUAAUGAGUCGUAAGAGUACAUGAAUGAAACACCUGCAUGGAGGAGUUUUGUCGACUGCGUGCCCAGAGCGCAGCGCUUUGCAUGGUUAUUAUGUAAAUGGCUGCUGUCAGAGCUAUAGUUUAUAGUUAUUAUUCCACCAAAAAGAGGGUUUCUGCCUGAAUACAGACUCCAGGUUUGGAUCGGUUUAUGGUUAUGGAUGAACAGAAAGCUUUUCUCAGGUGGUUCUGAAUAAUGCCUCCAAACGGGGCGCUUUCAGGCCCUGAAGCGGAUGAUGUAGAGUGGAUUAUUCUGGGCCCGGAGUAAAGGGUGACGCACGUGGUGCUAACAAAAUGCUUGGUGGAGGCUGCUCAGUUUAGCGUGGGCACCGGGGGAGGUUCAUCUUUCAGUUCGAACGCCUCCGUGAUUGCUGGUCUGUGCACAAGAAAGCGCAUGUUCGAGUCCGGAGGGGGUGUGGGGCCUUGGAUAGGAACUGAAAAAUAACCUGGUGUGUUUGGGCUACAGGAACAAACUGCUCGGGAGUGAUUGCACGUCUGAGAAGGACCCGGGAUGCAGCGUGCGGCACGCUCUCCUCCUGCCCCUGCCACCUUUCCUCUGGGAGCGGAGAGCACGCUAUUCAGGCCAAGCGGUUGGAGUUUGCCCCCGAUCUGCCUGGGCAGAACCGCUUCCCUGUGGAGCGAGGCAGCGGAGUCGGGCCCAGGAGUUCUUGUUUUGCCCAAAUUUUAAUUAUCAGAUGUCUUGCCUUGCCUGUUUUGCUCCCGGCUGUUACUCAGGCCUGUCUCUAGCCCACCUUCUGAUGCCUUUCCUCCAUGCCCGUGUCUGUGGUUGGGAAAUGCAGGGUGUUUAGCAGGUCAGGACGGUAACAUUUACAGAUGGAGAUGCCAGCAGGUGUGGCGACUCGAGGGUCCUCUGUAGGUACCAAAGCAAGCCAAGCUGCUGUAAUUAUGUCAGUCUGGGGUAGGGGUUCAAUUAGAAGGCAGGGUAGAUUUGCACGAAGUAAGCUAUAGACAGCAGAAACUUUUGGGAGCUGAAGCUCAUUUCAUCAGAUGCGGUGAAAGGACAUGCAGAAAGCGAAGUAGGAGAGAGAAAUGAGAAGGCGCUGUGCUGGGUUCAUUGUGAUAACUGGGUGGAUGGAGCAUGAAUUUGUCCGUGUAAGAAGGGGCCUGUCUCUACCGAUGCCUUGUCCCCCUCCCUGUGGCGUGGCACUGACCGAGGAUGUUUUUGGCAGGUUAUUAGGACUGAAGAUGUUAAGGGUUUUAGGUCUUGUCCUCUGUGGCCUGCUGAUGCCAUCUGAAGGGCUGCGAGUGGGAAGCACCAUCAUCCCCCAGUCGUCAUAUGCAAGGGCUUGCGAAGAAUCAAUGAGUGGCCUUUUCGAGUCUGAAUCGAGGAAUAUCACCUUCCCUGGAUUAAAAUUUACCUCGGUCUUUAUCAAAGACUUGCACGUGGCUACAAUUAUCAUCUACCCGGUCAAGAUAUUGUGUGUUCCUGGAGUUGGGGUCAAGGUGAUAUUUACUGCUAAACUCCACGUCCUAGGCACUUGCACCAGCAACAUCCUCCCAGGCAUGGUCACCAUCAGCCUGAAAGUGCGCUGCAUUGCUCUGGUCCUGCUGCCCCAGUUCUCGCCCCUGAGCAACACCAUCCCCAUCAACAGCUCCAAGUGUGCCGUGGCCUUCCUCAAUGUCACGAGCAGCUUACCCGACGUCAACGCGGGUGUGAUAGCCUCGCUACAGAACAGCGUCACGUUCGAGAUACAGACCAAGAUAUCCAAAAUAUUCUUCAGAUGUCUGUCUCUUGGGCACGCAAAGAUGCUGGAUGAUCUGAUGUCUGCACUUCCCGUUGAGAAGGGGAAAAUCCGGUACGUGAUUCAACCUCUGAAGGUCCACAACCGCACUAUUGAAGUCCCUGUCCUGACUGAGUAUGAGACUGACAGUGGAGAGAAAAUCCUCAUCCCACCCGAGCCAGACGAUGAUAUCAAGUUGCCCGAAUAUCACGAGACUUCUGAGGCCAUCGGGCAGAACGUACUCACUUUUAUCCUCUCCAGGAUUGUCUUACCGGCAUCUCUGUCCAUCCCUUGCACUCCUGCAACGUUUUAUGAAACGACCACGCUCGAGAACAUUAUCACGGAUCUCAUCGUUUCCAAGUGCUCGACCUGCCCGGUGAUCUAUAACUCGCUCAUCAUCAACAUGAAGGUGCUUAAGCCUCUGGAGGUCUACUUGGACGUGGACGUGUGCAACAUGAACAUCUCUCUCACCCUGGAGAUUGUCACUAAGCACGGGAAUGGCAGCUUGAUUCCCCUCAUAAAGCUGGAAGUAAGACUUGCUUUGACAGCUGUACUUCAAGUUUUCAGCGGGAAAGUGUGGUUCAUUACAACCCUGGACAGAUUGCACAUCAGAUGGAUUUCCUCGAUAGUUGGACGGGUUAAUGUCGAACGCCUUUACCCAACCCUGAAAGUUUUUAUAUUGAAAAUUGUAAUAAAGCUCAUCAACUUUAAUCUCCAAAAAGGGAAGUUCCCACUCCACAAAUGGCCAGGAUUGAAACCCAAAGCUGCCAAGUGCCGUUUUGCUAAGCGCUGCAUUGUGUGCUAUAACCACGGCAAGAAGGGAUAAUGUCCGAGACGCGGCGCUUGCUGUCGUGCCCCUGACACCGAGCAGGAGGGAAGACAGACCGCCAUGCACCAAGAGAUUUAAGUCCUGUUUCCCUUUGUCCUCUGCUGUAAGAUUUUUAUGCUAACGAUGGGGAAAAACACAACACAUCUUUUUGCAUUUCCAAUGAAGAAAUACAGCAAAUCUGAAUGGGCUCCUUAAUAAUUAUUAAGUGAAUACUGUCCGAGUUGCUAUUUUUCAGAUCAACUCUGUCUUGGGUUAUAUGGUUUCAGGGGAAAUGGAGGACUCUGUGGUUAUUUUUCUGUUGCUUUUGUUUGCUCUUUUAAUAAACCUUGCUCCUUCCAGCACUCGAGCGGUGCUCUUUCCCCCCGUGCCGCAGAGUUCAGGUCCCCGCUGGAUAAACCGGCACACGCUGAUCAGGGUUAUAAGGUUUCGGAGGAGCUCGGGUGGGCUUGGGUAAUUCCAUCUGUCGGUCCUCAGGGAAGCGUAGCUGUUAGAAAUGAGAAAAAUCCUGCUUGCUUUUCUGACCCGGGGCUCCCUGUAACCUGCUUUCGACGGCUGCGUUCGACCGUUUGUUGUUUUGUUUGUUAAAUAAUUUAUCUCUUUUUUAUUGUAAGCUGCUCUGGUCUUUUUGGGGGAGGGCAGCAUAUCAAUCAAGUAAAUAAGCCUAGUCUUCAAGGUAAUCUGUGAAGGAGGGGAAAAUGCGUUUGUGCCCUUUUCUGGCUUGUUAUGAUGUUCAGUUAUACAGAGCUCUAUAAAAAAAAAAUAUGAAA